UUUUAUUUGGUUACUUAUACAGUGUUACCAACGGUGGAAGGUUCUUAAUCGUUUACCCUAAAUUGCAAUUUUUCUCUGUUUCCUUUACAUCUGUCAUUGAAAAUGGCGACCUCAAUUUCAAAGAAACGCAAGUUUGUAGGAGAUGGGGUGUUCAAAGCGGAACUUAAUGAGUUCUUAACACGAGAGCUGGCCGAAGAUGGUUAUUCGGGGGUUGAGGUUAGAGUUACCCCGACUCGCACCGAAAUUAUUAUUAUGGCAACUCGUACACAAAACGUCCUGGGCGAAAAGGGUAGACGCAUACGCGAGUUGACGUCCGUUGUCCAGAAACGGUUUCAUUUCCCCGAAGGAUCAGUCGAGUUGUACGCCGAGAAAGUUGCGACACGCGGUCUGUGCGCUAUUGCCCAGGCUGAAUCGCUCAGGUACAAGUUAAUCGGUGGUUUGGCUGUAAGACGCGCGUGCUAUGGUGUGUUGAGGUUUAUUAUGGAGUCGGGCGCUAAAGGAUGCGAGGUCGUUGUUUCUGGCAAAUUACGUGGACAAAGAGCAAAAUCUAUGAAAUUCGUUGAUGGCCUUAUGAUUCAUUCGGGUGAUCCCUGUAAUGACUACGUAGACACCGCCACACGUCACGUAUUAUUAAGACAAGGUGUUUUAGGAAUUAAGGUUAAAAUUAUGUUGCCAUGGGAUCCCAAUGGCAAGAUUGGACCUAAGCGUCCUCUCCCAGAUAAUGUUUCGGUUGUUGAACCUAAAGAAGAAGUCCUCCCACAGCAACCCUUGAGCGACAUUCGACCCGGAAAAGUUGACAUGCAAGCUUCUGCGGUACCGGUCGCUUAAGUUGUAUUUUAUAUUAUAAUAAAUUAAUAUAAAAGGCCA